GCCUUUUACAAUCUCUGCGCCUCCGCAGCUUCUAGAAGCUUCUAUCAAGGCUCCCCAUCCCUCUCCCUCGCCAUGGGCAACGGCCUUUCCCCGUGCCUGUGCCCCGGGUCCGCCGCCCGCGGCGAGGCGGCGCGGCUGGUGUUCUGGGGCGGGUCGGCGAGGAUGGCCGACGAGCGUGGGCCCGGCAUCACCGCCGGGGACGUCGCGGCGGAGCUCCCCGACCAGCACCUCGUCUGCGCCGCGGACUCCUUCUUCAUCGGCCUGCCGGUCCCGGCGCUGCCGCCGGGGGAGCGGCUCGUGGCCGGGCGGACCUACUUCGUGCUCCCCGCGGCGCGCUUCUCCUGCCGCCAGGCGCUCACCGCCGCGACGCUCGCAAAGCUCUCGCCGUCCCCCGCCGCGAAGGUGCCCCUUGCCGGGGGCGCGGCGUCCCCGUUCGAGUACGUCACGGGCGCCGACGGCGCGCCGCUCAUCAAGAUCGUGCCCGAGUUCAUCGAGAAGGUGAUCACGUCGUGCGGCGGCGGCAAGUGCGGCGCGGCGGCGAAGCAACUGUGCAGCACGCCGGAGCUGAAGAAGCACUACAUGCAGCUCGUGGGGGCGCGGGCGGAGCGGCCGUGGUCGCCGGGGCUGGAGACGAUAUCGGAGGCCGAGAAGAGGAGGAGGAUGCCGUCGCCGGUGAGGCUGAUCGAGCUGGCGAAGGCUUCUUCAAGAUAGCGGCACAUGCAAAUGGAUGGAUUGCAAGAUAGAUGGGGAUAGAAUUUAACCUGAUUGUUGCCUCUUCAUACAAGAGGGGGAGGAUGCAAUGUUCAUAGCUAGAUUUGGUUUAGUUUUAGUUCAUUAAUUUUCUCUCCGGCCAACAGAUGAUGAGUGGAUCGGAUGCAAAUGAAUGAAUGGACAAAAAUUGCAUUUCA